CAGAUCCAAAUAAUCAUGUUCAUUUUGUUGUUAUGACAGUUUCGUUGAUAAGUCAAAUCGGUAUCGCCAGCGUUGUUUUGUAGACAGCGAUAUUCUAAAUUUUAACAUUCGCCAUAUAAUAGAUUGAGUUUAAGUGAUUAUAAUGACGAUAUUCUGCCGAGUAUGUCGGAUGCAGAUAUUUUCGCAACCCAUCUUGCUGACCAGCAAUUCGGCAAGGCAUGCAAAACCCAUAAACGAAAUGGUUUUCGAAUGCACACAGAUUUUACUUACCAAAGACAUCAGACUACCGCAAUUCCUAUGCGAGUCUUGUUUGAUUCGUUUGGACGAGGCAUUCGCGUUCCUCAAACUUUGCCGAGAGUCGGAGAGAAUGUUCACCGAAACCAUUCCGAUGGCAAUCAAACUCGAUAACAAGUCAGACCCAGGAAAUGGUGUAUCGUAUAGUCAUUCUACGAAUGCGAUUGAAUUGACCAAAUGUUUCAAUAACAGCUCGUCAGAGGCCAUAAAGUUAGAGCUCGAAGGCGAUGAUUCCAAAGCCCCUUUGGAGUAUGCAGCCACAAGUUCGACGUUCUCUGAUUUCAGCGCCUUGAUCAGCGGAGGCCAAACCGCGUCGUCCGCACAAGACAACAAAGACUGGCUGUCGGAAGCUCGUAAACAUCGGGAACGACAGCGGGUAUCGACGGCAAAACGGCGGGCCAAUAUGACGCCGGAUCAGCGAAAAAAGGAACGCGAAAGGGCACGGAUUCGGCAGGCACAAAGGCGAGCUCUGCGCUCCGAAGAACAAGUGCGAGCCCAGCGGGAACGGGAUAGAGUGCGGCAAGCGAUGAAACGUGCCCGAUUCCGCCAAGUGGAGAUGAUACAACAACAGCACCAGCAACAGCAAAUCCAACAACAACCGCCUCAACAGGAGCUACAACAAAGGCAACCACAGCAGCAACAGCAACAGCCACAGCAGCAUCAGCCACAACAUCUCACUUUUCCACUUGAAGCCAGAAUAAAUCAACUUAUGAGUUAAUUGAAUAUCUAGUUCGAAUAAAAUAUGCGGAUAAACUUGAAGAAAUCCCUUUCAGA